AUGACACGCGGACCAACUAUAGUGAGAGUCGCGCCGGGUGGCAGUAGUGGUAGAGGAAUUAAGUGUUGUUGUUGCCGGUGUUGUGAAUGUAUUAACUUCGGUUAUUUGACGUCACAGCAUGGAAUUAUAAAACUAGCUGAAGCUAUGUUGGGUGGUUUAUGUCAAAGUCUUCUGGUCAAGUACGGUUUAUCUGAAGCGAGCAGUAUGGGCUCCGCUUUCCACGGCUUUUUGACCACAGCCUCCGCGUGUCUGCUCACUACUUCAUUACUUAUCGCCUGCUACGUCCUGUCUUCGAAUUCCCAACACCUGAUACGACAGUCCAUAUUCGAGUGGGUAUUCAAUGCUGUGGCCUGCUUGAUGUAUCUGUCCGCGUCCUCCUACAUGGGUGUGGCAGUGAACCUCUACCUUUAUCCUCGAUAUGCCCUCGUUAAUAUGUACGCUGCAUAUCCCGCCAUGACAGCUGUCUACUACAUCGGCGUCGUUGUGGGCAUCGUGCAUGGAGUGGAUGCUUACAUUUCAUAUAAAUACCACAAAGGAAUACGAUAA